AUGGCAGACAAUAAUCAUGGCAGUACUGUGCAUGUAUCCGAUAAUAAUAACAAGUGGAAGAUGCCUCUCCUUGUUUUCUUCAAAGAUGCAAGAAAAGUGUUGAAGCUGGACUCAAUUGGUAAAGAAUUACUGGGAAUUGCGUUUCCAGCUGCUUUGGCUGUGGCCGCUGAUCCUAUUGCUUCUCUCAUUGACACUGCUUUCAUAGGUCACCUAGGACCUGUGGAACUUGCUGCUGCUGGAAUUUCCAUAACCCUGUUCAAUCAAGCUUCAAGGAUCACCAUUUUCCCUCUGGUCAGUGUCACUACAUCGUUUGUGGCAGAGGAAGAUACUCUUCAGAAAAUUACAGACAUUGAAAAAGGUUUACCCAUCAAAGAGAAUAAUGAUAAUAACAAUAAUGGUGAUGAUGAGAGCGACACUGUUGACAAGGAUAGUGAUAAGAAUAUCAAAACGAACACGCCCAAGCCUUCUUCCAUGGCUACAAGUAGUAAGAAUAAGAAGACAAAAAAGAAGCAGAUAGCUUCAGCAUCAACAGCAUUAAUAUUUGGGACAAUCCUUGGCCUCCUUCAAGCGUCAAUCCUUAUAUUUGCUGCAAAACCUCUAUUACUUGCAAUGGGUGCGAAACAAGGCUCUGCUAUGCUGAUUCUCGCGGAAAAGUACUUGAAGUUAAGGGCAUUAGGGGCUCCAGCUGUUCUUCUGGCUUUGGCUAUGCAGGCAAUCUUCCGAGGUUUCAAGGACACCAAAACUCCCUUAUAUGUUAUUGUGCUCGGAUAUGCUCUAAACGUGGGUUUGGAUCCAAUACUUAUAUUUUACUGCAAGUUUGGCCUCAAAGGUGCAGCUAUGGCACAUGUCAUCUCACAGUACUUGAUGGCACUGGCUCUCUUGCUGAUAUUGAUGAAAAAAGUAGAUCUCUUACCUCCUAGUAUUAAGGAUUUGCAAAUCUUUCGCUUCCUUAAAAACGGAGGGCUGUUGUUGGCAAGAGUAAUAGCAGUAACAUUCUGUGUGACAUUUGCUGCUUCAUUAGCAGCAAGAUUGGGUACAAUUACAAUGGCUGCUUUCCAAACUUGUCAACAAGUUUGGAUGACUUCUUCUCUUCUUUCUGACGGUUUAGCUGUUGCAAUUCAGGCAAUUCUAGCAUGUUCUUUUGCUGAGAAAGACUAUGAGAAGGCCAAAGCAGCAGCAGUGAGGGUUCUCCAAAUGUCUUUUGUGAUGGGAGUAGGACUAUCUCUUGUCGUUGGAAUAGGAUUGCACUUUGGAGCAGGCGUCUUCUCCCAAACCCUCAGUGUUCUCCACCUUAUCAAAAUUGGCCUCCCCUUUGUAGCAGCAACGCAACCAAUCAAUGCAAUAGCUUUUGUGUUUGAUGGAGUCAACUAUGGAGCAUCUGACUUUACGUAUGCUGCAACUUCUUUGGUAAUAGUUUCAAUUGUAAGCAUUGGAAUAGAAUUUGUGAUGUGUAAGAUGAAAGGGUUCCUUGGCAUCUGGAUUGCUUUGACAAUAUAUAUGGCUCUUCGCAUGCUUGCUGGUUUUUGGAGGAUGGGAACAGGAACAGGACCAUGGCAUUUUCUUAAAGAAUAAGAGCCAUAAUGCAUUUGAACUUGGGAUACAGUUAUAGUUAAUUAUAGCCUAAUUACCAAUCCACAAACUUUGUUGUAUCACUAUAUAUCAAGACAUAAUCUAUCAUUAUUACAGCUAG